AUGCAGAAGGGCUCCCUGAACCUUCUGAAGCAGAAAUGGGAGUCCAACGAUGGCCAGAAAAGUGAAUGUAAUGUCCCCAUCAGCUGCUGCAGGCGCUUUCAACCCAGACAGGGCAAAUUACUUGAGUCUGGAAAUGCCACAGAUGUGUCAACUGGGCCUCCCAUAGCUCCCAAACUCAUCACAAAUCUGGGGGAGCAAAAGAAGAACAUGGAGUCAGUGAAGAGCACAGACUGCAAAAUAGAUUCUGGACCAGAUGGUGACCAGAUUGAAGUACUAAAAGAGGAGGCAAAGGGGACUCGACGCAGGAUUGAGCACUUCUCAAUUGCCCUAGAGGAGCUGAGGAGUAUAUUUGAGGCUCCAAGGGGUGGAGCUGGCCUGACUGGGUACAGCAAGAAGGAAGUGGAAACCGAGAGAAGUUUGUGUUCCCCAGUAUUGAAGAGUCAGCCCAGUAGCCGUCCCAUCAGUCCUGUGAAAGAUCCAGACAAGAAAGGUGGGAAAACAUCUUUUGAUAAGAUGUCAUCUGAAAGUGGUCACAGCAACAACUUUGAAGCUGCCGAUGGUCCUAACAAGUCUGUGAGUGGGUUUGCAGAAGACAGUACUAACUGUGGGCCACUGGAUUUCCAAGAGGCUGUAUCACUAAAGGAACGUAUGGCGAUGUAUCAAGCAGCUGUUUCCAGGGGUGACUGCAGCAGCAGCAGCAGCUUCUCUGCUAAUAUGAUGGAGGAGUCUGAGACUCGAACAGUGCCUGGUGGCUUAGCCAGGGUGAAGAAACAAUUUGAAAGAGAUGAAAUUGCCUCUUCACAUAAUACUUUUUCUCAGUACCAGCACCAGCAAAGAUCGGAUCAGGAAGUAACAAGCAGAAGUCAUAUCGAUGUUUCAAGUAGUCACCAUGAAGUUGAAGGAUAUGAACAAGUGACCUCUAAAACACCUCAAAUUGAAGUCUCUCAUCUUGAAAAACACACCCAAGAAAUAAACCAGGCCUCUCAUUCCAGUCAGUAUGUUCAAGAAACAGUUAUCGACACACCUGAGGAUGAAGAGAUCCCAAAGGUUUCAACCCAGUUUUUAAAACAGCACUUUGAAAAGACAGCCCAAGAAAAAGUCCUUCAUUCUGACAAAGAUAUGGCAAGUCCAGCCAAACAUAUUAAGAUUGACAGUGAAUAUAAAGAACCUGUGUGGCCAUCUCCAGUUAUCACUUCCGUAACUGCCAGUGCUUCAGCCAGUCAGAGGCAGGAUACAUCGGCCGUGAGGCACACAGAAUACAGAUCCACUUCUUCAUCUUCUGCACAGGUUAACAGCACAAAUUUUGGAAAGACAGAAGAUUUUCCUCCUCCCCCACCUGAAGUUGUGCCAGCAUUAGCAGAUGUGACAGCAUUUUCCCAGUCCCCUGAAUUCCCUAAGCCCCCUGGAAAAUUUCCUAUCCCCAAAGAUUUAUAUUCUAAGCAGAGAAAUCUGUAUGAAUUAAAUCGCUUAUACAAACACAUCCACCCUGAAUUAAGAAAAAACUUAGAAAAAGAUUAUAUCAGUGAUGUUUCUGAGAUAGUAUCUCAUCAGGUAGACACAGGAGACUCUGUUUCCGCAGAUGUGCAGCAAACCCGCUAUGCUUUUGAAAAUACUGGUGGCAGCAAUCAAAAAUGUCUGAACACCGAAAGAGAGUUCCUUGAAUGGGAUGAAAUUUUGAAGGGAGAAGUACAAUCCAUAAGGUGGAUUUUUGAGAACCAGCCUUUGGAUUCCAUCAAAGAUCAAUCUCCCGGUGAAGGCAAUAGCAAAAAAGGCAUUGCUGAUCAAGAAAUCAUUGCUGGGGGAGAUGUGAAAUAUGCUACAUGGAUGUUUGAAACCCAACCAAUAGAUGCAUUAGGGGUUCAUUCUUCUGGAUCCACAGAAAGUGAUCUGAAAGUUCCAGAACUAGCCAGGGGUGAUGUGCGCACAACCACGUGGAUGUUUGAAACACAACCACUAGAUUCAAUGAACAAAAUUUAUCAGGACCAACAAAAAGGGUCAGAAGCAAUUGCCAUUAAAGAUAUAACUGGCGGUGAUGUCAAGACUGUGAAAUACCUGUUUGAAACUCAUAAUCUUGACCAACUUGGGCAGCUCUAUUCAGUGGAUGAAGCUAACUUACUACAGCUCAGAUCUGAGCUCAAAGAGAUUAAAGGUAAUGUGAAGAGAAGCAUAAAACAUUUUGAAACUCAACCACUAUAUGUUAUCAAAAAUAACUUAGGGCAAAUUCUUGAGAUUAAAACUGUUCACAGGGAAGACAUUGAAAAAGGGGAUGUGAGAACAGCACGCUGGAUGUUUGAAACACAACCACUGGACAUGAUUAACAAAGAUGUUACAGAAGUUAAAGUUGUCCGUGGAAUAUCCAUGGAAGAAAACAUCAAAGGUGGAGUAAGUAAGGCAAAGUGGCUAUUUGAAACCCAACCUCUGGAGUGCAUCAAAGAAGAAUCUGAAGUGUCCAUCAUUGAAAAGGAAACUAUCAUAGGUACUGAUGUCUCCAGAAAGUGUUGGAUGUUUGAAACUCACCCCUUAGAUACCCUGAAAGAAAUCGCUGAUUCAAAUCCUUUGCCAGCUGAAGAAAUAAUAGGUGGUGAUGUAAAAGCCACCAAGUACUUAUUUGAAACGCUUCCAAUGGAUGUUUUAAAAGAUAGUCCAGAAGUUGGUAAACUUCAAAAGAUAGUGGCCUCUGAAGAAGAAAAGGGAGAUGUGAGGCACCAGAAAUGGAUUUUUGAGACUCAACCUCUAGAAGAGAUUAGAAAGGAGGAGAAAGAAUAUAUAAGGACAGUUAAACUUGAAGAGAUUGACAGAGGGGAUGUUAGAAGCUAUACACAUAUCUUUGAAUCAAACAGUUUAAUUAAUUUUGAUGAAUCACAUAAAAUACAAGUGGAAGGAGUGACCAGAGGUGCUGUAGAGUUCAAUAAAUCCCUCUUUGAGACAACUCCCUUGUAUGCUAUUCAAGAUCAUCUUGGAAGAUAUCAUAAAGUGAAAACAGUUCAGCAAGAAGAAAUACUAAGAGGUGAUGUGCGAAGUUGUAGGUGGCUAUUUGAAACUAGGCCUAUUGAUCAGUUUGAUGAGAGCAUUCAUAAAUAUCAGAUUAUCAAAGGAAUAUCUGCACAAGAAAUACAGUCUGGUGAUGUGAAGUCUGCUAAAUGGUUGUUUGAAACACAGCCUCUAGAUUCUAUUAAAUAUUUUAAUAACAUGGAAGAUGAAGAAAGUAAAAAACAGCAAACUAUGGAUAUUGUUAAAGGGGAUGUAAAAACCUACACAUGGCUGUUUGAAACCCAGCCAAUGGAAUCCCUUUAUGACAAGACAGAGUUAAUGACUGACAGUGAAGAAAUUUGUAAAGGAGAUGUCAAAACAUGCACUUGGCGUUUUGAAACUCAACCACUCGAUGCAAUAAGAGAUGACUCAGAAGCAGUAGUCAAACUCCAAACUGUAAAACAGGAAGAUAUCCAAGGGAAGGAUGUCCGCACAACCUGCUUUCUUUUUGAGACAGAAAACCUAGACAACAUUCAAGGAGAAGAAGGAAAAGAAAUCAAGUCAGUGGAAGUGGAUAUUCAGGCUGGGGAUGUUUCUAGCAUGAAGUACAAGUUUGAAAAUCAGUCCUUGGAUUCUAUAAGUUCCAGCUCAGAGGAGGUUUUGAAAAAGAUCAAAACCCUACAAGCUGAAGAUAUUCAGAAAGGCGAUGUUUUAAAUUGCAGGUGGCUCUUUGAAAACCAGCCUAUUGAUAUGAUAAAAGAAAACCGAGAAGGUGAUGAAUUAGUCAAGACAGUGACAGACAUACAAGGUGGGAAUGUGAGGAAAGGGUGCUUUAUUUUUGAGACUUUUUCUUUGGAUCAGAUUAGAGACAAAUCCGAAGAGAUCAGCACUGAGAAAACCACUAGCAAAGAUGAAAUAAUAAAGGGGGAUGUGAAAAACUAUAGAAUGCUAUUUGAAACCCAACCACUCUAUGCUAUUCAAGACAAAGAAGGGUAUUAUCAUGAAGUGACAACAGUUAAAAAAGAAGAAGUGAUUCAUGGAGAUGUACGUGGGACUAGGUGGUUGUUUGAAACAAAGCCUUUGGAUUCUAUUAAUGAAUCAGAUAGUGUAUAUGUUAUCAAAUCAGUCACACAAGAAGAUAUUCAGAAAGGAGAUGUUAGUUCUGUCAGAUAUAGAUUUGAAACACAAUCACUGGAUACAAUUUCAAAAGGGACAAAUGUAAUUGUCCCCACUAUUGACUGUAUCCAGGGUGGGAAUGUGAAAUAUCAUAAGCAACUCUUUGAAUCUGAAGAGUCUGAUAAAAGAACAUAUGUUAGAACGGUUAGUGUCAAUGAAAUACAACAGGGUAAUGUUAAAACCUCUACUUGGCUGUUUGAAACUCACACCCUAGAUGAGUUGAAAGGAGAGGGGUCAGAAUAUGAACAUAUCAAGACAGUCACCAAGGAAGAUGUGCAGAAAGGUGAUGUCAAACAGGCAGUUUGGCUUUUUGAAAAUCAGACUUUAGAUUCUAUUAAGGAAACAGAUGAGCAUAUCACAGAAAUAACCAGGGAAGAAAUCCCUCCCUCUGAUGUCAAAACAACAACAUGGCUCUUUGAAACAACACCUCUUCAUGAAUUUAAUGAAAAUAAAGUGGAAAGGGAGGAAAUUAUUGGAAAGAGCAUUAAAGAAACUUUAGAAGAACUAUAUUCACAGAAAGUGAUUGAAUCUCAUGGAAUUAUCAUUGAAGCAAAUGAAGUUGGGAAUGUCCGGAUGGCUAAGUACAAAUUAAUGAAUCAGGAAUCUCCUGAAAUACAGAAAGAAGAAGUUAUUAGAGGUGAUAUCAGAACUAUAAUGAUGAACCUGCUUUCCAAAAGAAAUGAUGCCAAAAGAGAGAUUUUAAUCAGUGAAGAAGAAAAGGGCAAUGUUAGUUUGACCAAAGCCCAAUUAUUAAACAGAUCUACAGAAAUCCAAUCUGAAAAAGAAGAAAUAGUGAGAGGGGAUAUACAACAAGCAAUAAGAAACCUGUUCAGUGAGGAACAACAAUCUGUAAAACAAGGCAUUAUAAUUCAGGAAGAUGAAAGAGGGGAUAUUAACAUGACAAUCUAUUGUCUUCUUCACGAAAAUGAUAACGAUGACAAAAUAGAACAUGAAGAAAUAAUAGGUGGAGAUGUAAAACGCACUAUUCACAACUUGUUGUCUUCUGCUUCAAAUCAUGAAAUAGUCAAAAAGACUAAAGUAGAUGCAUCAGAGAGGGGAAAUGUUCAGUUUUUCACAACAUGCAUAGAAGCUGGAGCAUUAGAUUACCUCAAACUACUCCAGACAGGGUCAAAUGAAACACUUACAGCUGGGAAACAAGAAGGAGAGGAGGAGAUAAUUGGUGGUGAUGUUGAAGGCACAAAGCUGUUACUAACCAAAAGGAAGGCUCAAAUUGAACGUACUGUUAAUGAAACUGACAUCAUCCCAGGAGAUGUGCAUAAUACAGUUAAGGUUUUCAUGACAGAACCUCAGAGUACAUCCUGUCAGGUACCUAAAGAAGAAAUUAUAAAAGGUGAUUUGAAAGCAACCCUAAAUUCCCUCAGUGAAGCCAUAAAUCAGAAAACAGUUACAAAAAGGGAAGAAAUUAUGAAAGCUGACAUGCUCACGACAUUGAAGUCUCUUCAAGAAGCAAGGCACCAAUGGAAAGAAACUGAGAAGCCUGAUAUUAUCCCUGGUGAUAUUAAACAAACUAUUGAAUCUCUUGAAAAAGCAGUAAACACAAAGACUGAAAUUCUGAAAAAGGAGCUUAUGCGAGAUGACCUUGAGGCAACAUUAAGAGUACUGAAAGACCAGCACUCUUUCAAGAAGAUAGACAAAGAAAAUGUAAUCAAAGGAGAGACACAGGCUGUGAGGCAUGAUCUGGUAGAUUCCACUGAAGAACACAAAGCCCAAAACAGGCAGGUACCCGCUCCCAGGGAAAUAAAAGGGGCCCUGCAGCCAAAAUCUGAGUCAUUUGAGCAUGGAGUCCAAUACCAAGAUAAAUUAGGAGUGCUUAAACAAACUGCAGUCAAAUCUUUUCAUGGAUAUUCAAAAGGAGAACAUAGUGAGAUUGUCCCUCCAGAUGCCCCCAAAGGCACUGUAAAAAUUGUUGUAGGUCGUGACAAAAACUAUGAUGCCCUUGAGAAGAGCCUCCAAAGAUUGUCUGAUUCACCCCACAAUACUGUUGAAAAUUUGGCCCAGGAUGGAGAUCAAAACAGCAUCAGAGCUGGUGCAUCAAGAGCACAGCAUCUUAGAAAGGAGUGUGUGAGAAGCCAGGUAGCUUCUUGUAGUUCAGUUCAGAAAAAUGUAAGAAAUGAGAAAUUGGAGAUGGGUGCUAUACCAAAAAAGGAUGAUGCCUCUAGCACUGCCUUGACUACUGAAAAAAUGCAGCAGAAUCAAAUGUGUAUGCUAAGCAGUGGCCAGCAAACCAGGGAGUCUUCCCAUGAAAAAAGUCAUAAAAAGACAAAAAUAGCAACAGAUGCACCCAGUUGCAAGCAUCAUGCUAGCCCCCACUCAGUUAGCAUCCCAGCUAAUGACGAUAAGGCGUGUGAAAUGACUGGUCAUAUUCAGAAGGAAAUUUUACUAAAGGAAGAAAUGAGACAAGCACAGCAUGCUAGUGAGGCUUUUCAAAAGAAUGAAAUGAACCUUCAGCAAACGCAGCCUUUUGUUCCUUUGUUCCUCAAACAGGAUAUUCAAAAUGUAUCUGAAGAAAAAGCCACAAAAGGAAACCAUGGAAAAUUUAAAGCAACAACAGAAAGGAAUAAAAAGAUUGAUGUUCAUCAGAAAAAUGAGAACUUUCAAACAAAGAUGGAUGCCUCAAGAAACUUAAAAGUGACUGUGGAAAAAUCCUGGAAUCCAGUCAAAUUGGCUGCUGUGAGUAAUGUCUCUGAAACUCAUUCCUCCCUUCCACCUCCAUCUCCACCUCCACCACCGCCUUCCAAUGCAUCAUCUGAAAUUGAAUUUCCUCUUCCUCCUCCACCUCCUUUAAUGAUGCUGCCUGAUAACCACGAGUUUUCUUCAUUGCCAUCCACAGAAAAGAUAAAGGCUGACUUUGAUGGCUUUCCCUGCCUCCCUCCCCCACCUCCACCAAUGGAUGACAAAGGUGAAGAAGAAUGCCCACCAAACUUUUUGCCUCCCCCGCCUCCUCCACCACCAAAACCCAGACAUCUUUUUUCUUCCACAAUUCCAACAAAAGCCUGGGAAGAGAAUGUUCAGCAAUACUGCCAAGAGGCAGUACAAAAUCACUCAAGGGCCAAAUCCUUAACAGGAAAACCAACAGUAUUUCCACCUUCUCCCAAGUUCCCCAAACCAAAGUUCUUCAAACAGUUAGAUGAAAAUGAACAUAAUAUUAAUCCAAAAAUGCAACCGCUUCCCCUUCAAUCAAAUAUAGGAACUACAAUGACCAAAACAAAGGAGCAAAAUACAGUGAUGAUGAAGAGUGGUAUGGAGCACACCCAGACAACAGAGAAAAUGCAUACUGAGACUUCUGAAGAAAAACAGCAGUCAACUACUGCUGAGCCCAUGAAGCCUUCCAUUCAGACUGCUCAGGAAGCAUCACCUCCCAAAGAAGGAAUGAUCUCACCUCUUGUUAAAUGUCACUCCCUUCCUUUAGAUUUAGAACAGAGAAGCCCAAAGCCAUAUAUCAGAAAAUUCAAAACCCCUCUAAUGAUUGCUGAAGAAAAAUACAAGCAGCAAAGAGUGGAGAUUGAAAAACAGAAACAUCAAAACUCUUCCCAUCAUAUAGUCAAAACAGAAGGUCAUAGUGGGAUUGAAUUAAAGUCAGAAGUGAAAACACCAUCACAGAAGCCAAGGAAAGAAGAUUCCUUGCCUAUAUCAGCUACAGAGAUCACACAGUCAAAUUCUAAGCAUCAAGCCAGUCUCCAAACCAAAGAGACUUCUAGUGAAAACCAGAUAUCUGAAUCAUCAGCAGUGUCAUUGACUGCCCAGAAGCUCCACAGUGUCUUGGAUAUAUCCAUGGAUAAUGAACAUGUUCAAAAGGAAGUUCUCCAAGGUUCAAGAGACAUUGUGCAACAUAGCCUAGCUCAUCAAAUGGAACAAGCACACCAAGAAUAUACUUCUCACUUAAGAGAGCAGGAAAUUAAUGAGAAACAUUUGUACUUGUCCCCAAACAAGCCAGUAUCCCCAAACUUAAAAGCUAAAAGUAUCAAGUUCCCAACAUUAGAGCUAAGCAUAAAUAAAAUACCCCAAGAUUUCAAGAUUUGCCAAAAGCAACCAGUACCCAAUGUUCAAAUCACAACUAAACAAGAACAUCAGGAAAGACAGAAAAAUGAAACAAGUACAGCUAUUAGAAGUAAGCAAAAUACUUCUGAGGAAUAUCGUCAACUACAUAUGAAGGAGAAAAAAGAAAUGAAUAAAAUGCCUACCGAUCCCUCAGAGAAGAAGCAAGAAAGAGAAUCAGAUAACAUUUACAAGAACCCAAAAGGAAGAACAGAAUUAGUAGACAAGAAAGCUUUAGCAAGUCAAGAAGAAAACCAGAGACAGGUAGUGGUUGGUCCGAAACAACAAAAAUUAAUAAUUGAAAGAAAACAAGAACACCUUAAGAAUAAAUCAUCAGAGAAAAUCGUCCAGCAAAAAGUUAUUGAUACACACAUUGACUCAGUGACACAAAAUUUUCAGCAAACACAGAUUCAUACUUCUGAAAGUAAAGUGAAACAUAAAAAAUUACCCCAGCAAUAUAAUGGUCUGAAAGAAGAAUGCCUCACGAUCAGGGGCACACAACAGAAACAAGUCCCCCCUAAUAGUAAAGACUCCAAGGAAGAGAUGACAGAGAAUAAGAUUUCACUUUCUUCCCUGCAAAGUUCCCAGCAUGACGACAGAAAAUGCAUUGUAAAUAUAUUGGAGUUCUUGAGAAAACGUGAAGAACUACAGCAGGUUCUGUCUCGAGUGAAACAAUUUGAAACAGAACCAAAUAAAAAUGAUAUUAAAGCAUUUCAGAUACUAUUAAAUAUUAUCCCAGAAUGGCUAAUGAAUGAGGAAAGAAAAGAAUAUGGAAUUCGCAUUGUCAUGGAUAAUAACUUAGAAAAAGUAAAAGAGGAAAUAAUCCGUAUUAAAACUGAAGUGGAAGAAAUGCUUAUUUCUUGUGAGAACACCAUCCAAAUGUGCAUGAACUCCUCCAAAGCAGGGAAAUUGAGAAAUGAACCUCCUAGUGAAGCGUCUGGCCAAAUAUCAAACAUUAGUACUGGCUCUAACAAAAAAAUCCAGAAAGAGGAGAAAAUUAUGAAAGGAAAAGAAUCUUUUCAAAAAGGGAAAUCCCAUUCCAGUGGGGUAUCUCCUCAAAUAGCAAACAUUAGUGUUGGGUCUAGCAAAACAGUCCAGAAAGAGAAGAAAACUAUAGAAGAAAAAGAAUCUCAUCAAAAAGUGAAAUCCCAACAGGAAAUUAGACAGGUAGAAUGUAGAACUAUCUCUCCCUAUUUAAAACAACGUUCGCCAUCACCUACUUUUAUAACAAUUGAAUCUACUGCCCGUCGAACAGACACACCUACUGUGAACAGGCCUUCCUCAUCUCCUGUGAAGAAGGAAAGUGUGCCUAUUCUUUCUUCCAGAAGCAGAUCGGCAACACCACCAUCCAGAGGUCGCCAGGCAUCUACCUCUCCUUCUCCACCUAGAAGCCACUCUGAGCAACUGGCCAAACUAAAAGACACCACUGCAAAAUUGUCCCAAAAGACAUGCCACUAUCAGUCAGUAACCCCAGGUCCAGUUGUAGAGAAAAGAGCUGAAAUAGUCAAGUCUCCUGCAACACUGAGACGACAGAUUAAGACAGAAAUCCCAAUACCUAUAAAUGUAUCUCAUGUCACAGCUAGUACAGUCAUAGAAGCCAAGAAAGCACAAGAGGAAGUCCAGCAAGUAGAGAAAAGGGCGACUUAUGUUCAUAGGGAUGGAGUCGAUAUCACAGAGCACAUAAUGCCAGAUACCGAAAGUUUUGAUUCAAUCGAAAUCAUACGCAAAGUUGAAGUUCCUCAGGCAGGCUUGUCAGGGCACUCUAAAAUAUAUGAAACUUCCAAUCAAACAGUUCAUGUGGCUGAAAAUGUAGUAAAGAGCUGUGAAAGUGGAACAAACAGAUGGCUAGAGGAAUUUCAGACUGACCCAAUGUUUGAGGCAAAGUCAAAUCGAAGAGCUCACAGAAAUGGUGAAAUAAACCAUAACUUAAGACAGGAAAUGCAUACCUUUAGUAAGAAGGGAUUUGGAUUAACAGCUAUGGAAAGUGAAAGCAUAAACAGCAGUUUCAGAAACUUCUCUCGCGGUCAUUCCAAAGAUUCCCAGAACAAAGUUCCAUCUAAACAAGCCAUAGAGUUCUCUGAAGCAAAGUCUCUAAGAGAAGGUUUUUCAGGAGCAGAUGCAUAUGAAAAGAGAAUUGUUGGGUCAAGGACAGUAGGCUCUUCAGCACAGAACUCUGAAGCAGUUAAGUCUGGCUUUGACUUCAAGCAUGCCCCACCAACUUAUGAAGAUGUCAUUGCUGGCCACAUUUUGGAUAUCUCUGCCGAAGAUUCACCAGAAGUGCUCCUGAGGAAUUUCCAGAAGACAUGGCAGGAAAGUGAGAGAGUCUUCAAAAGUCUAGGAUAUGCUGUUUCAGAUACCUCUGCAACUGAGAUGAGCAGUAGUUUCCAUGAGGAAGCUGCUUUUAGAAGUGAAACUUCUACUUCAGGACAAGGAAAUGUGCACACUUUGUCAAAAGACUGUUUAUCCAAUGGAAUGCCUGGCAGCGGACAAGAACAUUUUUCAUAAGUCCUGUUUCCGAUGCCACCAUUGCAGUAGUAAAUUGAGCUUGGGAAAUUACGCAUCACUCCAUGGACAGAUUUACUGUAAACCUCAUUUUAAGCAACUUUUCAAAUCUAAAGGAAAUUAUGAUGAAGGUUUUGGACAUAAGCCACAUAAAGAGAGAUGGCGUUAUAAAAAUCAAAGCAGCUCAGGGGACUUUGUUCAUAAUGAAGAAAUAGAUCUAAAUAAGAAUAUACCAGCAACACCCCAGACGGUUCUCGCUCAGCAUGCAGAUUCAGGCAAUGGUGAUGGACCAGGAGAGAAUUUGAAAAAACCAGGUGAGAGGGGCAAACUGAAAAUUACCUGGCCUCCAUUUAGCGAAACUCCUAAGAAACCCUUUACUAUUGAAGAUGAUCUCAAAAUGAGUAAACCGAAAUGGCCCCCUGACAUCACCACCUGUCUGUCCCCUGACCAUCCCCUGGAAGAGAAAAGUGAAGCAAAGUUAGAAAAUGGUAAUCUUGUAGAAGGAAAAUGGAAAGAGAGAGAUGGCAUUCCUGGCUUGCAACCACUUCAACAAUCUAUCCGUAUGUCUCAGAAAGACAAUGUUACAGGAAUCACUGAGAUAAAAACACAUGAGACAAGGAGAGAAGAGAAGGAAGAAAAUAGACAUGUGCAAGAGAAAGUGAAAGAGACUGAAGUUUCUGAGGAUAAGAGGAAAAGUGAAAUGGAUCUUAAUGAUAGCAAUAACAUGGCUGUGCAGAGUGCUGAGGAGAAAAAUGAAAAAAUUAAUGAACCUGGUGGUGCAGAAGUUUUACAGGUUACUAACACUGAUGAUGAGGCGGUCCUAGAAAAUUGUAAAGAGAAUUUGAAUAAGAAUAAUAAUAAUAAUUAUGUAGCAGUCUCACAUCCCAGCAAUUGUAGGCAGAAGACAUCUAUCUUCGAUGGGCCUAAUCCAUUACCAGGAUCAAGUGAGACAAAACACGCCGCAUCUGAAUAUGAAUUUGAAAAGUUGGAAAAUGGGUCUAGGAUUUCAGAAUUACUUGGUAUAUUUGAGUCUGAAAAGAGUCACUCCAGAGAAGUUUUAGCUGUGGCAUCUGACAAACAGAAUUCUGGAGAUCAUUUAGGUAAUAGUGGUCAAUCUUUUCAAGCUGCCAUUUCUCCAAAAUCUGAUUCCAACAGUGGAUUAGUGUCCCAGGAAGCCACUGCCCCUGCAACGUUACCUUUCAGUACUGAAUUGCUGAUCAGAGAAAAUACCAGAAGUGACACAAAAUUGCCUUUUUUUUUCACUAAAACUGUGAAAAUGCCUUCCUUUUCCAAGAAAGAAGAAUCAUUUUUAGACACAAGCCUUUUACAUUCUGUAGAUACAAUUAAAACCACUUUGGGCUUGUGUGAAAAAGAAUACCAGAAUGACAAGAGUCACUGUCAAGGUAAAACUGCAGAUGUGUCAUAUAGUGCUGAAAGAACAAGGUUUGAUUCUCAAAACUCUCAGGGCAGAGCAAUGCCAUUGGCAUCAUCUUCUAAAAAUGAGGUGCAGUGUGAGUCACUCACUAUUGAAGAGCAAAUUAAAAGAAAUAGGUGCUACAAUGAUAUUGACUAAAAUGUAAUUGAUUAGGUGACACUGACAUGCAGACACUGAAAGAAUAUGGAAGUUUACAUCUAUGUCCAUGUUUAAGUAUUUUAGACGAUUUAAUAGCCUUUUAUCAGAACCCCUUGUUGGACUUAGCAUACUAUGACAGAGAUAUCAUGUUUGUCAUAACUUAAAUGUUUUUUACUUCCCUAAAAUGUCCACAAAGAAACUAAAUAAUUGUUGUCUUGUCAGUCUGCUCCAAAAUACGUAUUUAUAUCUAUGGGCAUACUAGAAACAAUCUGAAGAAGUAGCUAUUGAACUGAUACGUAUAAAACUUGCUUGCUGAUCUUUAAAAUGUCAGCAGAAAGGAAAAGCACCUGGUGUGCAGGACAAAAGUAAAGAUUUCAUAUCUAUAACUUUUUCAUGUAUUGCUUUAACUAUAAGUAAAUGAACUUUAUCCCAUAAUAAAAUAUGAGCAUUUGCUUUGGUUAGUUCAUUAUAGAUAAGUAUUUCUCACAUGAUGUUCCCAUUUUGCUAUCUGGCUUAAAAGUGGAAAUUAUAUUGAAGUUUUCAAAAGUUUGCUAUGUAUAAGCAUCUUGAUGAAUGAAAUCAGGAAGAAAUUUAAGAGAUAAUUCAGUUAAAUGUAUUAACAGAACAAAUUUGGUAGUGAUGGUGAUGUUGGGGAGGGCAAAAAUGUAAUGCUGAAGAAUCAACUCACUUGGAAACAUGCUUGUUAUUUAAAUUAUACACAAUGUAUUAUUGUAAACCAGAUAGAUACUUUGGUGCAAAUUAGAAAGUAUAAACCAUAUCAUUGUUUUCAAACUUAUAAGUGAUACCAAGUUUUAUUUUAUUUUGAUUGCAUGAAGGAAUAGAAUAUAUGUUACUUAACUCUUGAAGUCCAAUAAAAAAAAACCUUUUCAAAACCUG